GGUCCGGUGAACCCUGAUGUCUCCCUGGUGUCCCACAGUGUAUGGAGCAGUCCCCCACAGCCCACCCUCUCCCAACCCACCUCAGCUGUGCAUCCCAGGCCUCCUCACCCACCCUUGGGUACCCACAGCGCUGACCCUGGGGUGUUCCUAGGGAGUCCUGGUACCAUAGGACCCCCCUCCCCUAGGGAUCUGCAGGUGCCUGUCCCCGAUGGACAUUCACUUGGAGAGGGCAGAGAGGGGGAGUUACACUGGGACUCUCAUCCACCUCCACCCACUGGAACUGAGUCAGGCUCUGCACUCUAUAACAUAGGCUCUGUCCCCCCUUCUGCCACGGACCACCCUUCAAUGUCUUCACCUCCCAGCCUUGUUCUCCUGGGGACUGUUGGCUCCAAGGACAAGGCUUUUUACCACCCCCAGACUGAAAGGGCGAUGGAGGCUUCUGCAGACAAACCAGCAGGGAGAGGAAUAGCAGGUUCACCCCACGGUCCCAUUGCUCUCCCUGGGGUCAAGCUGGUCACACAUGUCCCUUUCCUGUACAAGGUGAUGGGCAUCACCCCAAGUAGUGAUGAGAGCACUGCCUAUGUGUUGGCCAAGAGGUCACUGGACGCCAGGAACUAUGGAAUAUUUCAGGAUGGGGUUUCAACAGAGACCUCUCAACUAGAAGACACUACAAAAACAUACCAAGGCACAGAGAGAUAUUCACAUGACUGGAACCAUCCGAUUGGGAGCACUACGACCGAAGCAGCUCCACAUUUGAAGAUGACAGAGGAGGAACCAGAAAAACUACACACCACUACAGAGGUCCUGGGCCAAGUCACGAAGACUGAGUCAAAACAUACUAGGACAUACCAUGAGGAAGUCUUCAGCAUAGGUAAAGAGCAUAGCACCCUGUUUGAACUACUUUCUGCGUCCUCCUCCUGAUUCAAAAUACACACAUUCACUUGCAUAGAGAUUUGGCUAGCACUAUAUUUUACUGUACUGUUUUCUCUGGUAUGUACCUGAUAUUUACCUGAUACUUUAAAGAAAGUAUUGGUAAGUACCUGGUACUAUCAAAUUAUGCUUGUUUUAAUUCAUUUUAAGGAAACAAUAAAGUAAUGCAUGUGUAAUUGCUGUGUAAUUACCAUUUCACAUGUAAAAUAAUCUUAAAUACCAUGCCAUUUUUUUAACCAUAAAAUAAACUGCUCUUGAGAUUUAAAUUAGGAUUCCCUCUCCAAACAAUGGCUCAUGCUCUUCCUCAUCAUCCCUCAAAUAUCAUGUCAGAGAAGACAGAUGUGGAUGACUCUCCUAUUUCAGAAAGGCCCAAUGAAGGCUCAGAGAAGGAAUUCCGGAAUGGGAAAACUGGUCAUUCCGAUUCAAGUACCUCCUACCAGACAGCCUUAAUCAUUGCAGCCGUGUGUGGGGGACUACUCCUCAUCACAACCCUAUUCAGGGAGAAGAAGGUAAGAGGGAACACACACUGAACAAACAAUUGCAGUGCCCAACUGAGCUGUCACUAGCCGUGCCAACAAGCUGUGAGACAACUAGUUUACAUCUGCCUCCACAUCUGAGGAUAAAUCCUGCUAACCAUUCCCACUCUAAUUCCUACAUAGAAGUCUAAUUGAAUAUUUUUUUAAUUUCUCAGAGACUCCGAGCCCUUCUCCACAGUGCCAGAAGAAAUGAAAACCAGAGG